GGAAGGUCGGUCCGAGCCAGUGGUUGUGGUUGCAGCAGUCCAGCCCUUGAUGGCGGCGAAGGUACCAACUGAGUAGGACCCACCAUGAACAAGUUCGGCCGGUGGUUGGCUUCUAGUGAUGGAGUUAAAAACGGCGGGGUCUAGAAAUUGGUAAUGACGCUCAGUUGUCCAGAUAGUACCGUACAUCGCAUGGGUGAUGGAUGGUACACUAGGGCUCAGGACGAUUCAGAGAUUGGUGGCAGGGAGCGCGAGUUUUUUUCCCGAGCAUCACCGCCUAAUUUACUGUAGACAUUUUCUUAGGCCUUACGAGUCAUAACAGACAUCACCGCCCAAUCCAGACCUGUAGAAACGCCAACUAGACACGAGGAGGUUGCCUUGAGAGCGGUUGAUUGGAGCCGAUUAGGAAGCGAACUGCUGGUGAGAGUCUAAUGCUUCAACCCGAAAUUGCCCGUGGGAGACGCGAAACUCCUCACUUCAAACUUCAGAAUAUUAUCUCCUAAGAGCAUUACGCUAGUCUGCUACGAGGUCGCGGUCACGGAUGUAUGGGGAUUCGCCUCGCGCUUAGUGUAGCGCUCUCGGCUGUCCUCCUUAUCUCGAGCUUCGAAUCAGGGAACACGUCAGCCUCGCAUGGCUACACACGCAGCAGGUCAAAGUCCGUCCUUAGAGGUCAGCGGCAGCAGCGGAAUCUGCAGGGGUCGAACGACGAAGCGACGAGCGAGUGCGGGAACAUGCGGGUGUGCGAGAAUCGCACGGCUCUGGACGACUAUGUCGCACGGCCGGACGACAGUUACAACUGGUACGACACGGGGUUCCGCAUCCAGGGGAGGGUGGACGCGCGGUACGGCGGCGGUGAGUGGACGGGUAUCGUGCUCAACAUGACGUCGCAGCGCUGGCUCAACGCCUCCGUCACCUCCUGCUCCCUCUGGUGGCACUACCUGCUACUCGUGGUCCCCAGGCGCAUGCCUAAUGCGUCCCGGGGCACGGCGCUGCUGCUGCUGGCGGCGGGGCGGAACUCGGGGACGCUGUGGGGAGGGGGGGGAAACGCGGACGGUGCCGCGGACGCGGAUGCGGAGGGAGAAGACAACCGGGUUUGGACUGUUGGGGCCGGCGGGGGUGGGGGGAGCGGGGGAGGCGCUGGGAACGGAUCGGAGGCGGAGACAGGGACGGAUGGGACGGGUGAUGGAGAUGGGACGGGGCCGGGAACUGCUGAGCCAGAAGGUGCGGGUCCGAAGAUAGUGGAUGCCGGUUUGCUGCCGCAAGCCAGCGACAGCUUCGUCAUCAUUGCCGCCUCGCUGGCGGUGCAGGCGGGCACGCUAGGCGCUGUGCUGUUCCAGGUGCCCAACCAGCCGUGCAACUUCCGCACCAAUGGCAGCGCCGACGCGUCUUCCGUCUCAGAGGACCCGCUCGUUGCAGCCACGUGGCGUCAGUUCCUGCUGAACCCGUCGGACUCAGACUGGCCCGCGACUCUCCCCAUGGCCAAGGCGGCAGUCAGGGCCAUGGAUGCCGUUCAAGAAGCCGUCCCGGUCUUCUUCCCCUCCCUUGCUGUGCACCGCUUUGCGGUGGCAGGAGUGAGCAAGAGAGGACUAGCCGCGUGGGCUGUAGCAGCAGUAGAUAAGCGCGUGGUGGCGCUAAUGCCAGUGGGGGCGGGCGCAAUCAACUUCGUUUCCUCCUUAAAGCACUACUACCAGUCGCUGGGCGGCUGGCCAAUCACGUUCAAGCCCUACGUGCUGAAUGACGUCACCAGGAACAUGCUCAAGCCCAACAUGCAGAAACUCGUCGCCAUCAUUGACCCGUACACGUACCGGCGGCGCUACAGCAUGCCCAAGCUGCUGCUGUUUGGCGCCAACGACGAGUUCUUCAUGAUCGAUGACACGUACUACUUCUACUGGGACAUGCCCGACCCCAAGUUCCUGCGCAUCAUGCCCAACCAGGAGCACAUGCUGCUGCAGAACAACCCAGAGGUCAUUCUAUCCGGCAUCCCUUUCUACACCUCUAUCGUCCUCUCCACCGCUCUCCCUCCUUCUCCACCCCCUCCUUCACUCUCCUCCUCCUCCUCUUCCUCCUCACCAUCAUCACCACCAUCACCACCAUUGGCAGCAGCAGCAUCAACAGCAGAAACAGCAGCAGCAGCCGCCGCCAGCACGGGUCGCCCUCUCAGCGUCCGCUCGCGGGGCUCCCAGCCGGACUGGCCGCAGCUGACGUGGUUGCUGGACAGGCAUGGCGCUGCUGUGGAGGGCACCACUGACCGCCGACCCUCCAAGAUCAGAGCGUGGUACUCUCGCUCCCCCCGUCGCUUUGUGCGCAGGGACUUCCGGUGGAUCGUGGGGGGGGCAUCCGCCACCUGCUUCCUCAAGGUGACUCAGGUGCCACUGCUGGGCGACCUGUGCCCGCAGGCAGUGCUCUUCCAGCCGGUGCCAGUGCGCCCCUCCUACAGCGCGCUCGACCGCCUCUGGCACUUCCGCGCCCGCAUCACUAACUUCCCCAAGGUCGGCUACAAAGCUAUUUUUGUGGAGGUGGAAUUCCCACCGUUACGACCGUCUGGUAACAAUAUAACCCUGACAACCGAGGCGCUAGUGGUGCCUAACAGCUUCCCUUUCUCCUACUGCACUGGGCCAAAGUGUGACACACGCCUCGUGUAGGCUGACGUGUGCUGUACUGUACACUGCAUCUUAGUGGAUAUAUCUCGUAUUCGUGUAUGGCUGCAAUUCAUGUAUGCCUUCAUAAAAAAAAACUGUAAUACCAG